AUGAUCCAAGCUUCAACCCAACAGUCUACCGCCUUCGUCGCACGGCACAUUGACUCAUUACAUUCCUGGGAAUCCAGAUUUACUGGAAAGUGUUCAAGUUUGAAACGCGUGCAUCGGUGUGCAAUGAUUCGCCAAUCAUCUCGAAGCUGCCCAAAUCUCGUCCCGCUCGUUGUAGUCUACUUUUGUACGCGCAUGAAUUCGAGCAUUUUUUGCGAAUAUGUUUUUAAAUGCCCGCGCAAUAUUUCAAUUGAGUAUGCUUUUGUAAGGUUUAAGAGAACGGCAAAAUGUUAUUACGAAGUUUACUUCGAGAAAAGGUGUUAG